UCCUAGAUUCCUUGGUGCACAGUGGGUGCAGCUGAACUGGGUGCAGACUGUCCACAAGAGAAUCCCUGCCACAGGUGCCCCUGCUGGACCUCCUAGUCCUGAUUGGCAGGCUGGGGCUUCUGAAACUGCCCGAGCUGGAGCUGACAGUGGAUUUGGUUCAGUUUAUGUGAUGAGCAGUUUCUCCCGGCAUAUUUUUAGUCUGCUCCUCCAGGGCUUGUGGUCUUUGAAGGCUGAGGGCUGCUACUCAGGGAUCCCAAGCCCCACAGCCUGGCUCUGUGGGCUGACUGGGUGAGCCAGGGCCCCACACUGGGCCUGGGUGGGAAGAACUUGUCCAGCAGACAUCUGGGCCCAAAGUUAAGACCCAGGUGGAUGGGUGUGGGUUCCCAUCAAAGUCCCUGUCCUGGGUCUGGGCGGGUGGCUGGCAGCUGACCCUGGAUAACCCCUGACACUGACCCUUGUCUGCAAAGUGAGUCUGACCGCUGACCCUUGACUCCAAGGGGAACCUAAGUCCAGCAUAGCCCCUUAAUCUGGCUGACCACUGGCUGGCUGAUUUCUCCCGGCCGGGGCAGCCCCUGCCUCAGGAGGGAAGAGGGCUUUGGUGCUCCCCUGGUGCCCCCCAGAACAGCCUUGAGGGGCAGGCCUGGAGACCUCCCGCCCCUCCUGGCCAGUCCUCAAGAGUGCCUGGCGGGCACUGGGAGGUUGAAUGGGGGACGAGCUGCCUUUGUUCCUCUCCCUGCUUGGGCUCUGACCUUGAGAGAGACAAGAACAGAGAAGAGCGAGCUUCUGCUCAAAUCCGCUCGUCGCCGCAGCUCUCGCCUUGGUGGCCCCUGCAUGCAAAUGAGCCGACCCGGGCCUUUGCCCAGGGGUCCUCUCCUCUGUGCCCUUGUGGCUGUCCUCAUGCAGGUAGAAGCCUGCCGAGUCUGAGAGGCCAGACUCUGCCUGUCCACCACCCCCUAGCAGGAGGGGCUCCUGUCCUAGCGGAGGGGCUUCCGGAAUGCCCACCUUUGCCAGCACAAUGCCCUCUGUGUCCUGUAUGUGGUCUAUACACACACCUCCACUCAAGACGCCCUCUCUGGGAGAGGUCACUCCUCUGGUCCCCAGUGAACCAGACCAUGCCAAGCCCCCAGGAGACCUUCCUGGGUGCCAGUGAGGUUAUAACCCCAGGCUAUCACCGAAGGCCCUUCCAGGUGACCCCAGGCCUGCCUCGGCUACCACCUGGGGCAGGUCCCUGUGUUCCUCCUGGGCCAGCCCAGGGCCUUCAAAUGGAACACCUGUGGUUGAGUCAGGGGACAAGAACUCAAGCCCAGAACACCAGGAACUGCCUGGCUGAGCUCCCCAGAGGACAGAAAGCCUUGUCCUGGUAGGUGGGACAAGACAGCUCCCAGGAGGGAAAGCAGGCUUGGACAGGCAGUCAAGGGAAGGCCGCUCAGACAAAGGGUGGGCAGUGUGGCCUGCAGGAAGCGGGCAAGGAGGGGGCUCUGGGGUCACAUGACAAAACCCCACACACACCAGAGGCUUGUGGUCGCCUGUCCCUUUGCCAUUCUGCUGGCGUACAGGUCAGGUCUCUGCUCUCUGGCUCUCAGCGUCCCUGAGAGGAGUUUGGAUAGUUCCUCACACAAGGAUCUUCCGGAGUCCAAAUGCUCUUGGCUCCCAGACUGGAGCUCCCCAGCCUUGCACUAGACCAGUGAAGCACACCUGGAGAGGUAGAACCUGCUGGACAUCACUGGCCCUUUCCAGCUGCACCUGGGGACAGCGUACCUUCCACAAGUACAGAGUCUGGCCAAAAAGCCUGUGGCAGGAACGAGAGAAGUAGAUGACAGGCCUCCAGUUUCUCCAGGAGAGGGAGUGGUCCUCUGAGCUCCCUGAACAGGCUGGACCCUGGGGCUCUUGCCCAAGCUGUGCCCUCCUCCAGGACCACCUUUCCCCUCCUGCUCACCAGAGUGUGCCCUAUGUGUGGACUUGUGUGCUGUUGGCCUGGAUCCUAAGGAGUCCAGGCAUUCUUAGGGCUCUAGUGGGCAUUGCUGUACACUCUAGAGGGGGAAUGGGCUCCAGGUUCAGAGAGCGGAUGUGAGCAGAGGACGCUGCGGACCUCAGUCCGCUGGGCUCCAAAGCGCUCAGAGUUGGCCGGGUCUGAUUCAGGACUUUUGUGACCAGUUGGUGUUUGAACCCGUGGUAAGGGCGCGCCUGGCACCUCUUCCUUGGCACAGGGUGGGGCUCUGCAGAGAACCUGCUGCAAUACUUGGAGGGGCUGGAGCCCCGUGUCCCCGUCCCCGCGGUCGGCAACGGUGGCCCCGGACAACCUCCGCAGAGUUGGGGUGGCUGCAGCGGGACCCUGGGGACCCAGCAGAACGACGCGGGCCGACUCGCGGUCUGGCUAGGGCGGGGCGCGGCGGGGGCUGGAGUCCCCCACCCAGCCCCGCGCAGCCCGGCGUGGCGGGAGGGGGCGCCCGCGGCCCGGCCCGCGCUCGGGCGGGACAAAGGCCGGAGCCGGCCCCUCCCCGACGGGCCGCGAGUCUGCGCGCGGCCGGGUCUGUGCCCGGGGCCGCCCGGCGCCGCGCCCCGCCGCCGCCUGGCUUCUCGGCGGCCGAGGUCGCGCGCGCGGAGGCGGGGCAGCGGGAUCUCCAAGCGCGCCGCGCGCUCCGCCCGCUCGGCAGCGGCGGAGGAGGCGGAGACGCGGGCAGGCGGCGGCCGGAGAGCGCGGCGGCCGGACCGGGGCCAUGGCGCCCGCGCAGCGCCCGCUGCUGCCGCUGCUGCUGCUGCUGCUCCCGCUGCCGCCGCCUCCGCCCUACGCGCGCGCUGAGGACGCCCGCGCCAACGCGGACCGCUACGCCGUGUACUGGAACCGUAGCAACCCGAGGUUCCAGGCGGGCGGCGGCGGCGGCUACACGGUGGAGGUGAGCAUCAACGACUACCUGGACAUCUACUGCCCGCACUACGGCGCCCCGCUGCCGCCGGCCGAGCGCAUGGAGCACUACGUGCUGUACAUGGUGAACGGCGAGGGCCACGCCUCCUGCGACCACCGCCAGCGCGGCUUCAAGCGCUGGGAGUGCAACCGGCCGGCCGCGCCCGGGGGGCCGCUCCGGUUCUCCGAGAAGUUCCAGCUCUUCACGCCCUUCUCGCUGGGCUUCGAGUUCCGGCCGGGGCAGGAGUACUACUACAUCUCUGCCACACCUCCUAAUGCUGUGGACCGGCCCUGUCUGCGACUGAAGGUUUAUGUGCGGCCCACUAACCUUGGAGGGAGAAGGUCGAAGUCCAGGGCCGGCCCCCCUGACGGUGCUGUCUCCUGUGUCCCCAGACGAGACGCUGUACGAGGCCCCCGAGCCCAUCUUCACCAGUAACAACUCCUGCAGCCGCCUGGCCCGCUGCCGCCUCUUCCUAAGCACUGUCCCUGUGCUCUGGACCCUCCUGGGCUCCUAGUCCUGGCCUGAAGGACGUCAGCCACCUUGGACGGCCCACCCGGACUGCCU